AUGCUGGCUGUAAUGAGAGCGAGGCGGGUGGUUGAGAGAGUGGGGAGAGCGCAGAGAAAAUGUUGCAGUCAGAGCGACGAGGAAGAAGAGAGAGUGUCAGGCGAUCAGAUGACGCCGUAUGACGCAGAGAGUCGGCGGAGAGAGAAAAAGCAGCAAAAAGACCGGACGGACCGCGAAGCCGCAAGCGACGCCGCACGCGACGCCCUUGCCGCUGUUGACGACAUUGGAUCGAUGGGCUGA